AUGGCUUUAGCUGAGGAACCACCAGCUGAUGGUCCUCCAGAAGACGGACCACCAGCAGAUGGUCCUCCCGCGGAUGGUCCGCCUGCCGAUAAACCUCCAGCAGAUGGUCCUUCAGAUGAUGAACCACCAGCAGACAAACCUCCUGCAGAUGGUCCUCCAGCUGAUAAACCUCCAGCAGACAAACCUCCAGCAGAUAAACCUCCAGCAGACAAACCUCCAGCAGAUAAACCUUCAGCAGGCAGUCCUCCAGCUAACAAACCUCCAGCAAAUAAACCAGCAGCAACUACUAAAAAACCUGCUGCAGCUACCAAGAAACCCACUCAAAAUAACAAGCUGGAAAAGGAAAACCAAAAGAGACGUCAACAAAUUAAAAAACAACAACAAGAAAUUAAGCAAACGAAACAAGUAGUUGUGAAAGAACAUCAGGCUAACGUAAAGAGGCGCGAAGCCAUCGAAAAGAGAGCCAAAGAAAACAAAAAGAGGCAACAGUUGGUUAAGAAUAGAAACGAAGUCAUGCAGAAAAGAGGUGAGAAAGUUAAUAAUCAGAGGGAGUAUCUCAAGAAAUUAUUAGCUGGCAAUACUGCUGCUAGGAAGAAGUUGAAUGGAGGAAGAGCUCCUAACCGGCAAGGAUAA